UUUACUUCUAUCCAUUACCUCACGCAAAGGCCACAUUGAAUUACAGAAUCCAAAAUUUUCGAUAGCGAGGUGCACGCUGUACAAAGGGUGAAUUAGUGGGCAAAAAGGAGAGAUGUGCUACGAUCUGAAACAAUUUGUCCACACUAAUGUCCAGUGCUACUAGUUUGGAAGAACUUUAAAAAUUGAAACUAAUAACUUGUAGAUGAGAAAGUGAACACCAUGGAUGUGGCCGAAGAGAGAAGCCUUUCAGCCGUAGGUUCAGUCACGUGCCCAUCAUGUAAGAUUUCUGUGGUUCCAAGCUCCCGGUCGAGGACUAUGUGUCCAUUUUGUGGGAGCUUCUAUAACCAGGCAGCCAACAAUAACUUGGCACUUCGACAGCGUCAGGACCGAUCAGAAGAACCAGUUCACUUUCCAAACAUCGAAUCUCACAGACCUUAUAUGCAGUUUGCGGGCUUUGGUCCCCUUUUAACCGAAGGCUUAGGAGUAAUUCAUACUUAUAUCACUGGUCUUCUGUUACCCCCAAGUUCACCAAACUCCAACAGCGCUCUCUAUCUUUCCCUACCGCCUAUUCAGCAGACUACAGAAGGACGAUUGGUCUCAGUUCCAGGCAACUCUCAAGAUUCAGACGUGAGAAAUAAUAACCAAGCUUUCUCUAGUGCGAGGUCUAGGGGAAAAUCCUCCAUUUCACAGAAAAUUAAUUUCGAUGACGAUGUCAUUGUUUAUCCUAACAGACAAUAUACAGUAGAAGUCCUCAGAGAAGAAAUAGAAGAGGCAAGGAGUAGCGGAGAAUUUACCAAAGUUCAAGAAAUUUACGAAACCACAUUUAGUUCUCUAGUGGAGUUAAAUGCUGUUUUCAAGGAACGCCCACAAGAAGAAGUCGUCAAAGCUGACAAUCCUGAAAUCAAAGUUGAUCUUUUGAAUGCAGUGUACGACAAUCUUACGUAUCUUCCGUCUUUUGUUAGUAAAACUGUACUUAAAGGAUUGAUCACAGCUUUGACCAACAAGGAUGAGAGGUUGAUGACAAAAGAUGACACCAGAGCGUUUUACAUUUUAAUACAGAAUCCCAUCUUCGCCAGCCAAUCGUCCUACAAUGUAUUGGCGCACCUGUUGAAACGGAUAAUAGGUCUAACAAGCGCAGAUCAUCAGCUUUUGAUUCGAUGGUUCACAAAGUUAGACGCUGAACGAUUCCGCUAUCUUGUCAAGAGGCUUCUUCAGUUCAUCACGAUCCGCGAGUUUCCUCCCGCGAACGGACACAAGUUGCCGUCGAUCAGCAAAAGCAGAUGGUGGAUACCUUGUGCUACAAGAAUUUUAGCCUUGAUCAACACUGCAAACAGCCGAACCACCCCCAACCUAAUAAGUUACACCGAAUUUUACAACAGCGCGUUGGAUCACAUUAACUUGAUGGCUGAAUAUUACAGAUGGCAGAAUACAUCCAAGCACAACAAGUUUUCAUAUUGUCAGUAUCCUUUUAUCCUGAGUAUUGUUGCAAAGAAAACAAUUCUGCAACGAGAUUCUGAACAGCAGAUGAUACUAAAUGCUCGGCGAAGCUUGCUAAGUCGAACUCUGCUCCAGCAAGCUGCUGAUAUCGACGUGUUCUUUCUUAACCUAAACGUUCGUCGUUCUCAUCUAGUGUCGGAUUCGCUGAACGAGGUUGCACGGAAGCAAUCUGACUUGAAGAAGAAAUUGAAGGUGACAUUUGUUGGAGAACCGGGACUUGAUAUGGGCGGUCUCACCAAGGAAUGGUUUCUACUACUGAUUAAACAGAUAUUUGAUACCGAUUACGGAAUGUUUGUAUACCACAAGAAAGCAAGAUGCUACUGGUUUAGUACUGCACAAAUGGGAAACCUGCGGGAAUACAACCUCAUUGGAGUACUCAUGGGCCUAGCAGUUUACAAUUCUACCAUUCUAGAUUUGCACUUCCCAACAGCUUGCUAUAAGAAAUUGCUGAGUCCUCCCGUGGUACCGAAGGACUUAGGUCAUGCAGAAGUGGGAUUAUGUAACUUCUCUAUGGACGACUUUGCUGAAGUCAUGCCGGACGUAGCAAUUGGGCUGAAGGAACUACUUGUUUAUGAGGGAAACGUGGAAGAGGAUUUCUGCAUGAACUUUCAGGUAUCUGUGGCAGAAUUUGGAGAUGUCAAAACGCACGUACUUAAACCGGAUGGGGAAAAUAUUCCUGUUACAAAUGAAAAUAGAGAGGAAUACGUUCAACUAUACAAAGACUUGAUUCUGAAUAAAGCCAUCUACAAGCCAUUCAAAGCUUUCUACCUUGGUUUUCAUAGUGUAUGUGCAUCAAAUGCCCUCAUUAUGCUUAGGCCAGAAGAAGUAGAAAUGCUUGUGUGUGGAUCUCCAACUCUAGACAUGGAAGAACUACGAAAAGUUACCGAAUAUGAUGGUUUCCAAGAAGAUGAACCAAUCAUAAAGGAAUUCUGGGAAGUUGUUAAAGACUACAAUCAAGACCUUCAAAAACAGUUCCUACGUUUCACAACUGGCAGCGACCGCGUGCCUGUCGGUGGAAUGGGAGAAAUGUCUUUCAAGAUAUCGGCCCUAAACCACAAUACUGAAAUGCUCCCUAUUUCUCACACCUGUUUCAAUCAACUGGUUUUACCUCGUUAUAAAAGUAAGGAUAUACUGAAAGAGAAGCUUACUAUAGCAAUCUCUAACGCCGAGGGAUUUGGACUAGAGUGACCAGCAGGCUCAUUUUCCUUACGCUCUAAACCUAAGCUUUUCAAACUUUUUCACACCAGAUUUCAUAGAAAUACGCUGAUCAACCUGACUGAUUCUACAGCGCAACUCACGUUCUUAAACACAUUGCAUAACUAACUACCUUAGAAACUUUUCUUCAACGUGAAAUGAAUCUCUGGAACUUGAUAAUUAUCACUGUAUAUUUUACGUAAAAACAUUAGGAGUCGUAUGACUGAGAUAUAGUUGCAUAAGAUUUAUUGAUUUUAAUGCUGAAAUAUGAAAAUAUUUACUGUAUUAGCCGGUAUGAACCUGAAAUUUAUUAAUUUCCGAGUGUUUCAUCUAUCUUUAUUGAAAGAGCUGAUAAAUCUCAUAUUUAGAUUUCUAAAGUGUGAUACUGAGACGAAUUUCUAAUUCUAAUGAACACAUUUAAAAACUGAAAAAUUAAGGCGAAUUUAUAAGUAUAUAUAAUUAUUUAAAGGCUGAUUUGUUGUUAUAUUUAGGGUUAGAAAUAUAUAUAUAUAUAUAUAUAUAUGAGCAGAGUAAUAACACAACUGAACUUGAAAUAACCACUUUAGUAUUGGGGUUUUGUAAUUUUACGAUAUUAUCAGUGUAGAAGUUUGAAAUAUAUAUAUAUAUAUAUAUCCCCGUGAAGUUUGAGCGUUGUUUUAACUAUAUAUUUACAUUUUUAUCUGUGGUAAGAAUAAAAAGUAUUAAACAUUAAUUAUAAAUCUUCAGAAGGUAAUGAAUUUGCACAAAAAUAAGAAAAUUGACUGAAGGUAAGUAAGUCAGGCUUUUCACAACAUAUUUUAUAUUCUAAAAUGACUAUAAUCUAUUCAUUUUAGACAAGUUUGACUAUUUAGAGAUAUUUUGGAGUGAAUAAACAAUAAGAAAAUCAUUUAACUCGUAAAGCACUAAAUGAUAAUCAUUGAUGAUUUUAUAUUUCCCUUGUUCAGACCAGUAGUUAAAAUACCAGUCACUUGGACUACAAAACAAAAUAGCUAUGCUACAUGAUAAAUAUUUAGUUCAGAAAGAAUGAUUUUGAAUAUCGUCAUGUAAAUUCAAUGUAUAUCUGCAACAAUAAAAUGACAACACUGGAGUACUAAAAGGUAAAAGUGGGAUAUCAUGAAAUUUCUUACCUAAGUUAAGUGAUUUGACAUUUAAGGCCAGUAUGUGCCUGUUAACAUAACUUUACACUAGAAGAUAAAAUUGUAAGAAGUGUUGUAACGAAUGUAGUUUUUUUUUAUAUCUAAAGACAUAAUUGGUUAAAAUCUCUUUUCAUGAAAACGUUAUUUUCCUGAAAAUAAAGUGGCAAAAAGUCUGAAAAACAAA